AGUACCAAUCCACCCCAAAAAAUGGAAGAGACAAGAGCGAAAGGCCUUCCUCUUCACACAAGGGUGCUCAUGCCCCGGACCUGGGCAAACCGAGUCUUUGCAUUUGUAUACUUGUGUGCCAUCUUAGCUCUGCUAUAUCACCAUCUCAUUGCUGUGCUGCACUCCACCUCUAUGGUCCCCCUUUUCAUUCUUCUAGCUGAUGCAGUGCUGGCUUUCAUGUGGGCAACUUCACAGGCCUUCCGCAUGUGUCCAACUGAGCGUCGGGUUUUCAUCGAACACCUUCAACAUUAUGUCAAGCAGAGUGAUUAUCCAGGGUUGGAUGUCUUUAUAUGCACUGCCGAUCCAUACAAGGAGCCACCUAUGUGUGUGGUGAACACAGCUUUAUCGGCGAUGGCUUAUGAUUAUCCCCCGGAGAAGCUGUCAGUGUAUAUCUCUGAUGAUGGAGGUUCUCAGCUGACUCUCUUUGCCUUCAUAGAGGCUGCUAGGUUUGCCACCCACUGGUUACCCUAUUGUAGAAAGAAUAAGAUUUUAGAAAGGUGUCCCGAGGCCUAUUUUAGAUCCAGUCCCUCAUGGUCUCCUGAGACCGCUCAAAUUAAGAUGAUGUAUGAGAGAAUGAGAACUAGGGUGGAGAAUGUGGUCAAGAGGGGGAGCAUUUUGCCUGAUUAUAUCACAAAUGAGGCAGAAUCUGAAGCCUUCAGCAGAUGGGCUGAUGGAUUUACGCCUCGAGAUCAUCCUGCUGUUGUUCAGGUUUUGUUAGAGGCCGACAGAGAUAAAGACAUAACCGGCCAUACAAUGCCCAACCUUGUCUAUGCGUCCAGAGAGAAAAACAUGACUUUGCCCCAUCAUUUCAAGGCCGGUGCUCUUAAUGUCCUGCUUCGAGUAUCAGAAACCAUGACCAAUGCACCAAUAGUCCUGACCCUAGACAGCGACAUGUACUCAAAUGAUUCGCAAACGCCUCUUUGUGCACUGUGUUUUCUCUUAGACCCUUGUAUAGAUUCAAAACUCGGAUUUGUUCAGUUCCCUCAGAUGUUCUAUGGGAUCAACAAGAAUGAUACUUAUGGUGCUGAAUCUAGACAGAGUGAAAUUGUUCUAAUUGGAAUGGAUGGAUUGGUAGGGCCUACAUAUAUAGGUACAGGAUGUUUUUUCCGCAGACAAGUCUUCCUUGGUGGCUCCUCCCCACAACUGAACCCUGAUCUUCUAGUUAGCAAGUCAAUCAAGUCCGAAGAAGUUUUAGCACUAGCACACCAUGUUGCGGGCUGCAAUUAUGAAAAUCAAACCAGUUGGGGCUCCAGGAUGGGAUUUAGGUAUGGAUCAUUGGUUGAGGACUUAUACACAAGCUAUCGACUUCAUUGUGAAGGAUGGAAGUCCAUUUUCUGCAAUCCCAAAAGGCCUGCAUUUCUGGGAAAGGCGCCCAUCAAUCUCAAUGACAUGUUGAAUCAAACUGUAAGAUGGUGUGUGGGACUCCUUGAAGUGGCAUUUUGCGAGCAUAGCCCUAUCACCUUUGGAGCCCGUUCCAUAAACCUUCUCACAGGUUUAUGUUAUGGGCACAUGACAUUAUGGCCUAUUUCGUCCAUUCCAAUUACCAUCUAUGCCUUUCUACCUCAGCUAGCUCUCAUCAAGUGUGUCUCAAUCUUCCCAGAGGCCUCAGACCCUUGGUUUUUCUUGCGUCUAUUUCUUUUCCUUGGAGCCUAUGGACAAAAUUGUCUUGAGUUUAUGUUGUCUGGAGGAUCAAUCCAAAAGUGGUGGAAUGAUCAGAGGGUGUGGAUGAUGAGAGGGCUCUCAAGCAUGAUGUUUGGAUUGGUGGAAUACUUACUGAAGACCAUUGGCAUUUCCACAUUUGGAUUUAGUGUCACAAACAAGACUGUUGAAGAGGAACAAAGCAAGCGAUAUGACCAAGGGCUGUUCGAGUUUGGAGUCUCAUCACCCUUGUUAUUGCCAAUGACAACAGCUGCCAUAAUCAACUUCAUCUCUUUCCUAUGGGGCAUUGCCCAAGUCUUCACACAAGGAAGGCUUGAAGGUAUACUUCUACAGAUGUUCUUAGCAGGUUUUGCGACGGUAAAUUGCUGGCCAAUAUAUGAAGCCAUUCUGUUGAGGACCGACGGAGGAAAGAUCCCAGUGAAGCUCACAUUGAUCUCAAUUAUUCUAGCAUGGGCUCUUUACUUAACAUCUUCGAUAGCAUUCUAAGAUAUGGGGACUUGAUUAAUUUUCUCUUUGUUUGCUCCAUUAGUUCCUUAGUUGAAUCAAGAAGAGACACAUCAUUUUUACUUAA